GUUCUGCUGGCAAAACUCUGGGCAAAAAUGCUGAAAGUACAGAAAAUAAUAAAGAUGUGGCUUGGGCUACCCCCAAACACCACCACCACUUUACCAUACACAACUAUUGAGUUUCAAAAAGGCCUAAUAUGGGGGGGAAAGAAUCCGUACCCUAGUCGGCCAUGAAAUUCCCACAGUGUAGGCUACCAACCCCACGAAGAGGACUUGUGAAGUGAACUAACCAGGGCAUAUGUUCAUUUAAGAGGUUUGUGAUUGUAGGAAAUCUAGCAUGCACUUGUACCUUAGCCCCCGCACAUUUUGUGUUUUCAGUGCUUUCCAAAUUCCAGCCAAAGAGUAGCAGCUAGUCUACCUCUGGAGGGCUGGACUGGCUGUCUGCUGCUCACCCUGCCAGAUGACCUCAUGGUGCUAGUUAGAGAGGGAGGAGGGAGGAGCUCAACUCACUCACAGCGUUCCUUUGGACUAUCUCAGGAUCCAUGUGAAGAUAAGCCUGGAAAAACUUUUCCAACCGGGAAAUUUAUGACUGAAACAGGGUACCGACGUGACCAUUCUGAGAACCGACACCAUGUUUAAAUCGGUCCUGAAGAAGAAUCGAGAUGGAGGGAAGAGCAGCAAGAAGGAAUCAGUUGGUGAUGCUCCAUCUGAGGGCAGCAUGCCGCACCCCUUCACCCCAGAGGAGGUGCUGAGGCUGACCAAAGGUGUUUCCAUGUCGCUGCCCUCCUCUCCCCUGCUGCCCCGGCAGACCUACAUGAUGCCAUCGCGAGCCUGCAAGAAGUCUCCAGGACCAAUCAGGAAGCCUAAGUAUGUUGAGAGCCCUCGCGUUCCCGGAGACGCCAUCGCCUCGGCUCUGAGGAAGGUGGCAGCCGACAACAAGGACUCCUCCGCACACAAUGAGCUGCGCGCUGAGAAAGAGCCAGGCUCCUCCUCCUCCCCGGCCACUCAGGAACUGAUGACAAGGCUGGGCUUCUUACUGGGAGAAGGGAUCCCGGGCUCGCCACACAUACCUAUGGAAGACCAGAAUGAGAAGAAGUGCUUGAUCACUCCUCAGGGCAUCAGCCCGUGCUCCACCCUGACCAGCUCCACUGCGUCCCCGUGUGCAGACAGCCCCUGCUCCACACUGCACAGCACCACCAGCACCGGAGGAGGAGGAGGUGGAGGUGGAGGAGGAGGCGGACGCUCUGCCCCCCUCAGCCUGGGCCCCACCUCUGGGCCCGGACCCGGCCCUGGACCGGGCCGCACCAGCCCCUGUGCCACCAUCACCUCCCCCAGCUCCACACUCGAGAGCAAGGACAGCGGCAUCAUAGCCACCAUCACCAGCUCGUCGGAGAACGAUGAGCGCAGCGGCUCCAGCCUGGAGUGGAGUCGCGAGGGCACGGGCGGCAGCGUGAGAGGCGGGGCUGGAGGUGGCGGUGGCGGUGGCAGUAGCCAACAGCACGUACACGCCCCCCACGCCACCCGACCAGACACCUGUUCCCCCGUAGCGGAGGAGGAGUCGUCGCCACCUGGCGUCACGGUGUCGUCCGAGAACGGAGCUACGACAACAUUGUCCAAAUCCGCAGUCAACGCAGCCACUAUUGCCACUAGCACCAGAACCACCACCGCCACCACAGCCAUGCCGGCUAUCUCCCUGGCAGCGGCGCCCAUUUCUUCUGCGUUGGCGGCGUCCACGUCGUCGACAGGGCUGCCUCCGCCGCCCACCUCCCCUGCGGAGGGCCCUAUCCAGUACCCGGCCCAGGGCGCAGCCGGACUCAUGAUGCCCAGGCCCAACUCAGUGGCAGCUACGAGCUCCACCAAGCUGGAGGAUCUGAGCUACCUUGAUGAGCAGCGCAACACUCCCCUGCGAACCUCCAUCCGGCUGCCCUGGCACAACACGGGGGGCCGAGCGCCCCCAGACGCCAAAGCUCGCUUCACGCCGUACAAGCCGGCGGACAUCAUGCUCAAGCCCCUGCUCUUCGAGGUGCCCAGCAUCACCACAGACUCGGUGUUCGUGGGCCGUGAUUGGCUGUUCCAGGAGCUGGAGGACGCCCUUCGUGGCGGUGGCAGCGGUGUUGGCGGCGGAGGUGGAGAGACGGGCACAGGUUCGAGUACGAAACACGGAGCUGUGGUGGUCGGCAGCGUGGGCUUCGGGAAGACGGCCAUCAUCUCACGCCUGGUGGCACUCAGCUGUCACGGAGGACGCAUGAGGCAGAUCGCCUCCAACAGCCCUGGAGCCUCUCCCAAAAGUGGUGACGUGAGCUCGGAGCUGCCCCUGUCGCAGCCCACGCCUCCCCAGAGUGCCACCAACACCCUGAGCAGCAGCUGCCCCAGCACCCCUGAGCUGCAGCGACGCAGGGAGGAGGCCGUCAAGCGCCUGGCGUCCAAGGUGGUGGCCUACCACUACUGCCAGGCGGACAACACCUACACGUGCCUGGUGCCGGAGUUUGUCCACAGCGUGGCGGCUCUGCUGUGCCGCUCCCCCAUGCUGGCGGCCUACAGGGAGCUGCUGCUGAGGGAGCCCCACCUCCAGAGCAUGCUCAGCCUGCGCUCCUGCGUACAGGACCCCUCGGCCGCCUUCAGGCGCGGCGUACUGGAGCCCCUGCUCGCCCUCCGCAAGGAGCGUAAGAUCCCAGAGGAGGACCUGAUCAUCCUGGUGGACGGCCUGAACGAGGCGGAGUUCCACAAGCCGGACUACGGGGACACCAUCGCCUCCUUCAUCACCCGUGUCAUCCCCAAGUUCCCGCCCUGGCUCAAGCUCAUCGUCACCGUGCGCGUCAACCUCGUGGAGAUCACCAACCUGCUGCCGUUCACCAAGAUCUCCCUGGACGAGUACCCGGAGAACAAGGAGAUCGGCUCGGACCUGCACGCCUACAUCCAGUACCGCAUCAGCAGCAGCCGCGACAUCAUGAACAACAUCUCGCUCAACGGCAAGGCCGACCCCCUCAUCGUGGGCAAGGUGAGCAGCCACCUGAUGUCGCGCAGCCAGGGCUCCUACCUGUACCUGAAGCUGACGCUGGACCUGUUUGAGCGCGGCCACCUGGUCAUCAAGAGCGCCAGCCUGAAGGUGGUGCCCGUCUCGCUGGCCGAGCUCUACCUGCUGCAGUGCAACAUGCGCUUCGCCAGCCAGGCGGCCUUUGAGCGCUGCCUGCCCGUGCUCAACGUGGCGCUGGCCUCGCUGCACCCCAUGACGGACGAGCAGCUGUACCACGCGGUGAACGCCGGCAGCGCCCGCGGCGAGCUGCCUUGGGACGACCUGCAGCAGCGCAUGGAGCUGCUGGCCGGCUUCCUGGUCAAGAGGAGGGACAAGACGCGCAUGUUCUGCCACCCGUCUUUUCGAGAGUGGCUGGUGUGGCGGGCCGACGGGGAGAGCUCGGAUUUCCUCUGCGACCCCAGGAGUGGACACGCUCUCAUGGCCUUCAUGCUCUCCAGACAAGAGGGCAAGCUCAACAGGCAGCAGACCAUGGAGCUGGGACAUCACAUUUUAAAAGCACACAUAUUCAAGGGUCAGAGUAAGAAGACUGGUGUGUCGUCGAGUGUGCUGCAGGCCCUGUGGAUCAGCUGCAGCACUGACAGCCUCUCAGCUGCCCUCGCCUCCCUCAGGAACAUAUACACACCAAACGUCAAGGUGAGCCGUCUGCUGAUGCUGGGCGGGGCCAACGUGAACUACCGCACGGAGGUGCUGGGCAAUGCGCCGGUGCUGUGCGUGCAGUCGCACCUGGGCCACGCCGAGAUGGUGUCCCUGCUGCUAGAGCACGGGGCGCGCGCCGACGUGCUGGCCGAGAACGCCAUGAGCCCCAUUUGCUUCGCCGCCGCCGCUGGGCACCUGCCCCUCGUCACCAUGCUCUGCAAGAGGGGAGCCAAGGUGGACCACGUGGACAAGAGUGGUCAGUGUGCGCUGGUGCACGCGUCCCUGCGGGGCCACAUGGAGGUGGUGCGCUACCUGCUGGAGCCGGAGUGGGGAGCCCAGGGGGAGCAGCACAGCACACAGCUCAAGAGCAAAGCACUGCAGCAGGGCCUCAUAGCAGCAGCCAGCAUGGGACACACACAGGUGGUGCGCGGUUUGCUGGAGUUGAGUAACGAGUACGGUGUGCAAAUUGACGGCCAUGACACGCUGUGGGGAGAGACAGCUCUAACGGCGGCGGCUGGCCGGGGUAAGAUGGAUGUGUGUGGGCUGCUGCUGGAGGAGGGGGCCGUGGUGCAGCAGGUGAACCGCAGAGGAGUCUCCCCACUCUUCUGUGCCGUCAGGCAGGGACACUGGCAGAUUGCGGACUUGUUACUGCAGCAUGGUGCGGACGUGAACGUGAGUGACAAGCAGGGCCGGACGCUGCUGAUGGUGGCAUCCUGUGAGGGGCAUCUCAGCACGGUGGACUUCCUCUUGUCCAAGGGGGCGUCGCUGGUGUCCAUGGAUAAGGAGGGCCUGACCCCGCUGAGCUGGGCGUGCCUGAAGGGCCACAAGAAUGUGGUGCAGUUCCUGGUGGAGAGGGGAGCCAUCAUCGACCACACCGACAAGAAUGGACGCACACCCCUCGACCUGGCCGCCUUCUACGGAGACGCAGAGAUCGUGCAUUUCCUGGUGGAGCGUGGGGCAGUGAUCGAGCAUGUGGACUACAGUGGCAUGAGGCCUCUGGACCGGGCCAUCGGCUGCAGAAACACCUCGGUGGUGGUCACCCUGCUGAAGAAAGGAGCCAAGCUCGGAAACGCUGCGUGGGCCAUGGCGACGUCCAAGCCUGACAUCCUCAUUAUCCUGCUGCAGAAGCUGAUGGAGGAGGGCAACAUGCUCUACAAGAAAGGGAAGAUGAAGGAGGCUGCUCAGCGGUAUCAGUACGCUCUGAGGAAGUUUCCUCGUGAAGGCUAUGGCGACGACUUGAAGGCCUUCAAGGAGCUGCGCGUGUCUCUGUACCUCAACCUGUCCCGCUGCCGCCGGAAAACCAACGAUUUCGGGAUGGCGGAGGAGUUUGCUACAAAGGCCCUGGAGCUGAAGCCGAAGUCCUACGAGGCCUAUUAUGCCCGGGCCAGAGCCAAGAGAAGCAGCAGGCAGUUUGCGGCGGCGCUGGCCGACCUGCACGAGGCCACCAAGCUGUGCCCCAACAACCGGGAGAUCCGGCGGCUGCUGGCCCGCGUGGAGGAGGAGUGCAAGCAGAUGCAGCGCGCCCAGACCAAGCAGCAGCAGCAGGGGGCCUGCGGGGGGCACGACUCGGACCACGAGGCCCCCGAGCACGAGGACGCCGAGCACGAGGACGAUGACGACAGGACGGCCGACAUCAGCCUGGGACGCAGCCUGGACGUGCACCACCAUCAUCACCACCACCACCACCAACACAGCCGGGACAACGAUGCUGACGACGACCACAGCCCGUCUGGAGACAAGAGGGGGGAGGUGUGGGCGCAGAGCGCCUACUCGCUCAACAGGGGGGCACCUGAGGCUCGGCCGCCGCCCCCUCCCUCCACCUCGCCCCCCGCCACCAGACACAAGUUCCAGCGGGAGGCUCUAGCCCAGCAGCAGCAGGGUCCUCUGGUGCAGCCCACCAAGCAGGCUCAGAUAGUCAAGACCAACCAGCAUAUGAACUCUCUGCAGGCGGGUGGUGGCCGGGCGGCACCGAGGUCCCAGUACGCCCCGUCCAGCCCGCUGCCCAGCCGCCACAUGUCCAGCGCGCUGAAGCCCGGCCCGGGCAUCGACAUCAGCCCCCUCAUGCCCCCCGCGGACGAGCCGGGACCCAGCUACGCCGACCGGCUCUCCCUCGCUGCCGCCUCCUCCUCCUCGCACCACUGUGACUCCGAGGCUCUGCCUCCGUCCCAGCUGUACGCCUCGGGUGCCGCUAAAGGCCCAGACAGGCUGUCGGCCCACUCCCUGGACGCGCUGUCGUCGGGAGGAGCAACUGGCGGCGGCGGCGGUAGCGGUGGCGUUUCCCCGGAGCUGCUGAGGGAGCCGUCGCCGUGCGGCAUGACCACGUCCACCACCAGCGGCAGCUGCAGCUCCCAGGGCGGCAACAUGCGCGUGUCCAGCUCCACCAGCAGCCUGGCCUCCAGCAGCAGCCUCUCCGACAGCGGCAAGCUGCAGGGCCCCGACGUGCGCUCCAAGACCACCGCCGCCACCAACACCACCUCCUCCUCCUCCUCGUCCUCGGAGAAGGCCAGCAAGCCGCUGCCCACGGGCUCCGAGUACAAACCCAGGCCCUUCAUGGGCAUCAUGGACAAGACUGCUCGCUUCCAGCAGCAGCAGCUACCGCCUGCUCCUGGUCCUCCCCCUCCCCCACCGCAGCAGCAGCAGUACCCAGGCCACCCUCCCCCAGGACGCAGCUGGCAGAGCCACUCCUCCGAGGGGCUGGUGAGCCACAGCAUGGCGGCCCUGGGGCUCCAGACGGUCAACGUGGAGAUCCCCUACUCCAAGCCAGGCAGCCUGUUCCACCAACACCAACACCACCACCACCAUGAGCAGCAGCAGCAGCUGAAAGGGCCUCCACCUCAGAGCCUGUGCGCCCCAUCGUCGUCAUCCUCAUCAUCCAUGGGCAUGCAUAAUGGCAUGCACGCCAAGGAGUUUGCGGAGCGCUUUGGCCAGGUGGCCAGCUGUUACAAGGAGUCCAAGCCAGCUAUGGCCCUAUCGCAUGCCGCCUAUAUGGACAGCAAGACCAAGCAGUCUGGCCUGGCUCGAGACAACCCCGCCCUCCAUGUAGCCUCCAUGAAGCCAAAGCGAUCCUUUAUCGAGUCCAAUGUAUAGACGGCUUUUUUUUUCUCCCUUCUCGCCCACUGGAAGUUUGUGUGUAUUUUUGUUCUUUCAAAUCUCACAAACAGAGCUAUUUCAGGGUUUGGGUUUUUGUUUUUUUGUUUAGGUUACAUUUUUCAUUUUUACUCAUUUUUUUAAACAUCAGCUUUGCAUAUUGUUUUGAUUGUAGGCAUCAAAGCCAGUAGUUACAACUUUUUUCAAUGAAAUGGACCAGAGGCGGCCCUAACCUACCGGCUGUGAUUUUGGACUAAUUCGGCACAUUCGGUUUCUGUUACAGGACUGAAAGCUUGCUCUUACUUGGCCAAGCUGGACACUUUUGAGCUGACCCAUUCCUCUGCACUUGGAAACGCACAACUGAACUGUGCCAUCAUAACUUCUCUGACUUCUUCUGGUCUGUAAAUCUCAGUGUGGUGCAACAUCAUCAGUGAUAAACUGACCUCUGAAGCUGAACUCGUCUGUCCUUUUUGAAGACGCAUUUUACCCUGUGGGAUGAUAACAUGAAGAUUUUGACUAAUGCCACCUUCUAGACCAGUUUCUGGUAACAAUGUAUCACUCUAAAAUGCUCCUGCCACACACAAAGUUGCCACCUGCCUUUCAGUGGAUCCGGUCAUCAUUCAGUCAUGCGAGGAGGUUGAACUGAGCAAAGCUGUGGAUGUCACCAGUAGUUAGGGGAACUAGGGCUGUCUGUUGUUACCAUUGUUAGCUAUUAGCAAAUGGCUAUCAUACAGUUUCUAAAGAAUAAGUGACAACUAGGCAACUAAGUUUUCGCUUCCUUGUGGUAAAAUAUAACAGCUGUAAAUUUAGAACACAGUUUACGGUUGAGUGGCUGGGUGAGUUUUAUUACUGUGUUUAAUUGUCAGUUGUUGGCAAAAGUUGACUUUGCAAACGUUUAUAUCACCCCUCCUGCUAAUGGGCCGUGUGCUCCCAUGCAGGGAAAAUGUUCAGCUUGCCUGCCGAGCACUUAAAGAUCACAGGCUCCACACAGACACACAGCGUCAAAUGAAAAGUACUGUACGUAGGAGGAUGUAUUUCAGAAGUGCAGUUAUUCAAAGUCCCCCAUGUUAUUUUCCCAAGGGAGACUUUCUUCAAACAAGGAAGAAAAAACCUAGAGUAACACCUGAUUUUUUUUCUUGUUCACUUUUCUUUUCUUAUUAUUUUUCUUUUCUUUUUGUUCAGUUUUGGAGUUGCUCCCUGUUCUCCGCAGGUCUGUACAGUGCUGAAGUAUUUGGGAUAGGUCAUGAAGAGAGGGUAAAGGGUCAGGUGGACUUGUAUGUCAGGCCUGUUGCCCUAAGCACAGACGUGGGGCCGCACCCCACCACCUAACUAAAACAGUGAUGGCACUUUACUAAUGAACAUAAGCCUUCGAGUCGAGUGCUUACACUACAUGUACAGAUACGAUUCAGGUGUGGGGGUUGACCCGUGUGUAUAGGAGUGUGUGAGUGUACGGUGUGUGUGUGUGUAUUUGUGUGGCGUGUGAAUACGUGUGUGUGUGUGUGUGUGUGCGUGUAUGUGCUCUGUGAGCGGUGCUGUAGUAGAAGGACAACAGGUGGACAGUAGAGGUUACUGGAGACGGGCAUUCCUGUGUUUUUUUGUAAGAGGGUAUGCAUCCUCACCCCUGUGUACAUAGCAAAACAAUAAUGUAUUUUUUUGCCCUUCUUUUAAGUGAAGGCCUGUGUCUGUGUAAUAAUUGACUUGUUCAGAUUAUGUGUAUUUUGAGUUCUUUUUUUAUUUUGGUUUUGAGGGUUGGUGCCAUUUGAGGUUCUUAAAAAAACAGCAUAUUUGUUUGUAUGUUUGUACAUGACAUGACAUGACAUGAAGCUGCCCUUAUAAUGUUUCAGAAGAUCGGUUCCUCUCUGUAUCCGCUUGUUGUUGCUGUCUAGGUUAAUUUAUUUACAGCGCCUAUGGCUUGGUAAUUGUAAAAGCAAUAUAUUUUAUAUAGUUAUUUUUGCACAGCUACUAAGACAUUUUACAAUAAGCUCUAAUCAAGAUUUUUUUUGUUUUGUUUGUUUGUUUGUUUCAACGUGCAUGCCACAGUUGCAGUUUAUAAAGAGAAAAAAAAGAGUUUUAAAAAAACUAUAAUUACAAAAAAAGGCUAUUGGGUUGAGGGCCAUCGGUUCUAUUUUAAUAUGUAUGUUACUUGCAAUUGUUGCCAUGUUCCCAGUAUUGUGAGCUGUUAUUAUCUGUAAUCACAUACUGUAGUGGUGCAUUACUGCCAUACUCACCAAGGGGAAAUAAAUUCCACCGUUUAAAAUCGAAUCCUUAUUUA